AUGCACAAUGACGAUAGCUUGGGUCAGGGAAUUUUAAAGGAAGAUAGUAAUAUCGGCUCUGAACCCAUAAUUCCCAUUAGGGAAAACGAUUAUGAUUUUAUAAACGAAAUAGACUGUGACAGUUUUAUAAUUAAAGAUAAACAUUUAUCUGACGAGGCAAAUUGUGCUCUACAGACACCAAUAUCUUGUGAACAGGAUUGUGAUACAUAUUCUGGUUUAAAUUUUGAUAGCAUCAUCUCUAAUGAUAUACUUAUGGCUGCAGAGAGUAAUUCGUGCCCUCAAGCUCUCGUAUCUUAUACUGGGCCAGAUUGCGAUGUAACUUCUGAUAUAAAUAAAGAGGAGAAUGUUGAUUGGCCAGGCGUAGACUUGGGUCUAGACGACAUAUUCAUAUUUGAGAUCAGCGAAAGAUCGCUCUGUACGGCAUGCGACAAAGAAUUCAAUAAUCUCGACCUAUUAAACGAACACAUGAUAAUACAUGAUAAUAAAUACAUAUGCGAACGUUGUGGAACAGAUUUUAAAAACUUAGAUUUGUUAGAAAACCACUCUUUGACGCAUCUGUCUAAAACGUUUCAGUGUCAACUUUGCUCUUUAGUCUUACCGUCAGAGGACGCAAGAAAUAAACAUUUUGGAGUUGAUCACAGAAAUAUUGUUAUACAUAAAUGCCCUUUCUGCCCGGAGAUAUUUCGUGAAAAUGAAGAUAUCGGAGUACUUACUUCCAAAAAAGAGAAGGAAAACGUGAAUGUAAAGAAAAUAUUUGACGAAGACGCCAUAAAGACCAGGAAAACUAAUGCCUGUCUACUCCUAGAAAGUGCGAGGAUAUACCCAUUUAGAUGGACAAAAAAUUUAUACCUUUGCUUUUACUGCGACCAACAGUUCACAGAUCCGGCUCAGUUGAGGGAUCACAGUUACGUGAAUCAUGUCACACAAACGGAUGUGCAAAUUAAAAAGGCGUGUGCUAAACUUAAAAAACACGAACUAAUUAAAAUUGAUAUAACAGAAUUGGGCUGUAAACUAUGUAUCACUGGAUUCAGCGACAUGACGGAUUUGAAGAGACAUUUAGUAACCAAACAUUCUGUAAAUAUAGAAUUGAACUCUCAGGAUGGACUACUGCCAUUCAAAAUAACUAAAAGCAGUUUCCCUUGUGCUGUUUGUGGCGAAAAUUUCGAUGAAUUCACAACAUUAAACCAUCACAUGAAUGUUCAUUAUCAGAAUUUUAUUUGUGAGCAAUGCGGUGCAGGUUUCAUGACGCCUGAUCGUCUAAGAACGCAUGCGUUCACCCAUGAAAUGGGUUCAUUCCCCUGUCAUGUUUGUGAUAAAGUAUUCCGUUCUAUGAACGCAAAGAACGAACAUUACUCCAUUGUUCAUAAGAAAGUCAAAAGGCACAGAUGUCCACACUGUCCGGAGACUUUCCAUAACUAUUUUCAAAGGAAUAAACAUAUAUCAUCUUUUCAUGGGAUGAAGUUGAAAGAAUUUAAAUGUACUCUAUGUCCAAAAGUAUUUACUUCGAGCGGUAAAUUAGGUGUACAUACGAGAACAGUGCAUUUGAAGAUGAAAAGACACGCUUGCGAUCUCUGCGAAUGGAAGUUUUAUUCGAAAUCUGAAUUGAAAGACCACAUGAUCAGACAUGGGGGGGAACGGAAAUUUCAAUGCAUGGACUCUUUAUCGACGGAUAAUACGACGCCAGCUAAAAGGAUUAUACCACUAUUUCAAGUAGCAUACGAUCGCAGCCUCUGUAGACCCUUGGGGACUGUUACGGCCUUCCGAAAGUUGCGUCUAAAUGGCAAAGUUAAAGUGCCAGCAUCUGCAAUGCUAGGGUCGUUAACAUCGUCUCGUAGUCCUUCACCCAUAUCAUUUGAGAGGAGAUCGCCGUCCCCAAAUAAAACCGCUCCUCCUGUUAUAUCAAUACCAAAAACAAAGAAAGCCCAAACAGAUUACCGCCAGAAUGCUCUGACGGUUUUUGAAUACUCAACGGUAUACCCAUUUAUAUACGGUAACAAUAAGUUUAAAUGUUUCGUCUGCGCACAGCCCUACCUCGAUAUUACUCUUUUAAGACAGCACAUGAAUGAGGAACACACUUUCGCGCCUCUAAAAAGAUUACUGAAUAACAGAAGGGAAAACGUCCUCAAAGUCGAUGUUGGUGAACUCUCAUGUAAUUUAUGCACAGUUAAACCAAAAGAUUUACUCCAGUUAAAGGUUCAUUUGAAAGAGGAACAUCAGAAAAUUAUCGAUCCGGAUUUACAGGAUAAUAUGAUCCCUUUUAAAUUGGAGCCCCAGGACGGUUCGUUUAAAUGUGUGAUAUGCGAGGAAACUUUCAUUAAAGUUCGUAUUUUGGUCAUUCAUAUGAGUGUCCACUUUAGUAACUAUAGCUGCGAAAUUUGCGGAUCAGGUUUCAUGACAUUGCGACUCCUGAAAAAACAUUUGGAAGUUCAUGAAACUGGCAAUUUUCCUUGUGAGAAAUGCAACAAGGUAUUCAGCACGCCUUAUAAAAGAUCUCUUCAUGUUCGUGGCGUUCAUUUGAAGCAGUAUCCAAGGAGAUGUCCCAUUUGUCCAGAGAGAUUUAAUUCUAAUUACAGGAGAACCAUUCACCUACAGGAUGUCCACAACCAGUCCACAAGAGUCCAUAAAUGUGAGACUUGCGGCAGAGGAUUUAAUUUGAAAUAUCAUCUCAUCUGUCACACUCGUUCUGUACAUCUUCAAGAGAGGAAUCAUCAGUGCAAAGUUUGUCUGCAAAGAUUCUGCAACAAGGAGACUUUAAAGCGUCAUAUGGUUAUUCAUACUGGUGAAAAGAAUCAUAAGUACGUCUUCAUACGGACAAAUAAAUCAAUAACACUAAAAAAUUAUGACGGAAGUGAUAUAGAAUUAAAACUGCUGAAACAUCCAAUAGAUAUUAACGAACUUACAGUCGAAAACGAGAAAAGUUAUGUAAAAUUAAAGAGUGACAAUCAUUUAUCGGAAAGGGAAUCUUCGGAGCCUAAACUAUCACAAGACCAUGGUUUUAUGUCAUUGCUUAAAGAGCCGCUAUCAAUUGAUGAUUUAAUUUUCCAAGACGCAAAUGACUCGACAUCAGUAUGUAUAAACGUAAAACUUAUAAAACCCAAACAUAGCUACGUUGUUAAGACAAAUGAGUCAUCGAUUUCGGAGAUCUGGGAGCAAAAUGCCCUUACGCUAUUUGAAUUUUCUCAUGUCUAUCCGUUUAUCCAUGUGUGUAAUAAAUACAAAUGUUUGGUUUGCUCUCUUGAAUUCAUAGAAGCAUCUCUUUUAAAGAAACAUUUAACAAGUCACAGUAUGGCUGAUUUUAAAUGUGAAUUAAGGAACAAAGUACGUGAUGGAGUAAUUAAAGUUGAUGUUUCUUGUUUGAUGUGCAAGAUUUGCCAGUCGUGUCCGCAAAAUCUCUCCGAAUUAAAAGUACAUCUGAAAGAUCACGGAAAAUCUAUUGAACCCAAUUUCCAAGACAAUAUCAUACCCUUCAAACUAGGUGGUGAUAAUUUUGAGUGUCAAAUCUGUGGUGAACCUUUUACUAAACUACGAUCGAUAAUAAUACAUAUGAGCAAACAUUUCAAUAACUUUAGUUGUGAAAUUUGUGGCGCAGUUUUUAUAACUCUCCGUCUGCUUAAAAGACAUUUACAGACGCACAAAAGCGGCCAUUAUCCAUGUUUCAAAUGUGGUAAAAUCUUUAGUAGCGCCUAUAAAAGAAUACAUCAUUCAAAAAAUGUUCACCUUAAGAAGUACCCACGAACGUGUCCAAUGUGCCCAGAAAGAUUUAUAUCCAACUAUCAAAGGACAAAGCAUUUGCGUAUUGUACACAAUAAAACAUCAGGAUUGUACAGAUGUGAAACAUGCGGAAGGGAAUAUGAAAUGAAGAGUCAAUUGCUAAUACAUAUAAGAUCAGUACACAUGCAAGAAAGAAAUCAAGAGUGUAGCAUCUGUUUAUCCAUGUUCUUCUCAAAGAAUAGCCUGUCACGACAUAUGACGAUCCAUACGGGGAAUAAAAGUUACAAAUGUGAUAUAUGUGGAAAUGAAUACGCGAAACAAAAGUGUCUUAAAGAUCAUAUGAAGUCUCAUGAAUGUAGAAUGUGUUUUGUUUCUGGGAAGGACUGCGGUGAUGACGCUUCAUUGGCCUUACACACGACUAUACCCGGAACACAGCGACCAGCACCAAGAUCCAGCAUCUGGCAAAUGACUAUAUACGAACGGCUAAAUGCUGCGACAUUUCUUGAGUGCACCACGAUCAGACCGUUCUUUUACCAGCAGGCUAAUUUCAAAUGCUUCUAUUGCACAGAAGUUUUUCCAGAAAUUAAUUCAGUUCUCAAUCACACAAGCUUCCAUUCUGUGCCUGAAAGGUCCAUUUUAUUGAAACAACACUUAAGAAAAGGCAAAAGGGUUAUAAAAGUAGACAUAUCCAAUUUAAGAUGUAGACUGUGUGAACAAAAGCAUUUGGAUCUCGACGAUAUUAGAAAACAUUUAGCUUCAGUCCAUAAAAAAGAUUUCAAUUCUGCUGGUAAUGGUCUAAUGGCUUAUAAUUUAAAUUUAACGAAUGGUCUUCUUUCGUGCCAUAAAUGUGGGAAGACCUUCAAUUCGUUUUUUCUCCUCAACCGACACAUGAACGUACAUUUCAGUGUUGUGUGCGAAACUUGUGGAUUAGGUUUUAUAUCACACCAACGUCUGAUAAACCACAGGAUAGUCCAUCAAAAUGGUGUUCACAAAUGCGACAAAUGUCAAGAAGUUUUCCCUACGAAAUUGAAGCUCAGGUAUCACAUAUUCAAAAAGCACGAAGUAAAUACAAAACGCACAAAACCGCUGAAAUGUCCGCACUGCUUAGAAAGGUUUGCCGAACAUUAUAGGAAAAUGACGCAUUUAAAAGAAGUUCACGGGAUCACAUUCACGUUUGAGUGUCAAGUGUGUAAAUCGGUGUUCCCAACAAGAAGAGCUCUUACCGAACACACAACAAAGCAGCAUACACAAAAAAUACAAUGCAAAGUAUGCGGUAAAUGUUUCGGUACUAAGUCACUAUUAAAGAUGCAUAUGCGAGGGCACACGGGAGAGAGAAACUUUUUCUGUAGCAUAUGCCAAAAAGCUUAUAUGCACGAGCGGACAUUAAGACAGCAUAUGCGGGUCCACGGACCGGUUUGGAAAUUUACUUGCACUGAAUGUGGUAAUGGCUUUCACAAUCGCAACGAUUAUAACAAACACAUAAAACAGUGGCAUCCACAGUGGCAGUUCAGAACCAUUGUGAAGAAUUUUGGUAUUAGGACUGCUUUUCACACAAGCAUUUGGCAAUUAACUGCAGCAGAGAGAAGUAACGCUGCAAUGUUUAUACAAAAUACAACAGUUCAGCCAUUUAUAUUUAUGGGAGCAAGUUUUAAAUGUUUCUUCUGCGGGAAAUACUUCUCGGAUCCCGGAGAAUUGAUGGUCCAUACACAAUCCCACAAGAGAGAGAUAAAAGAUAGAAAUAUUAUUUUAGAGAAAUAUAUACCGAAAGGUAAAAGAACGUUGCUAGUUGAUAUAUCCAAAUUAAAAUGUCGUCUAUGCGACCAACUGUAUCCAAAUCUGAAUGAAAUUCGUGACCAUUUAAAGAUUUAUCAUGAAAAAUCUUUUCUGCCUGCGAGCAAUGGUAUGACUGAGUAUAAAAUGGAAUUGAGAAACGGUUACUAUGUCUGUCAUAUAUGCGAUCAGGUAUUCCAUUCGUUUGUCCUCUUGAACUCUCACAUAAAUUGUCACGUCGGUAAAGUUGUUUGUGAGAAUUGUGGCGUUGUUUUCCUUAAUCAGCAUCUGUUAUUGAAACACAGAGAGAAGCAUUUAGUAAAUAGAUAUAAAUGUCCAAACUGCGAAAAGACAUUUAACAAGAAAAGUCAAAUCAAAUAUCACAUAGAAAUUGUUCACAAAGGCAAGGAAAGGGUCAAGUUAAAGAAAUGUCCAUUGUGCAACGAGAGCUUCAAAGAACAUUACAGCAAGAUGAUACAUUUGAAAUCAGUUCAUGAUUCCGACACUGAUAAGGAUUGGGGGAAAAUAGCUGAAAGACGCGGUCGAGGGCCACUACUGAGAGACAAUUCGAUUAAAAUCCUCCAAAACUCAACAAUGUUCGUCUUCCAAUGGCACAAAAGUAGAUUCACAUGUUUCCUUUGCAAGGCACCCUUCAUAGAUAUACAAUCAUUGAGAGAUCACACGAAAACAGAACACGACGGUUUAGAGAAAUGUAAAAUAGAAAAGAAGAUUAUAGCGCAGCAAAAUAAACUACUGAAAGUUGAAAUAUCUAUAUUGAAAUGUAAGCAGUGCGAUGGGGACUUUAAAACGCUGUCUGAUUUUCGCCACCAUUUGGAGGAAGAGCACGAAGUUAAAUUUAAAGAGGGAGGCGAUUUGCUUGUGCCUUUCAAGUUAGAGAGCGAAGGUCUAAAAUGUCAAACGUGCAGAGAAAGUUUUACAUUAUUCAGACUCCUCAGCAUCCACGUGAAUAAACAUUACCAGAACCACGUAUGCCACGUCUGCGGAGCUGGUUUCACAAGCCUGGUGCUGCUAAACCUGCACAGAACGAGAUCACAUAGACUGAUAAAAUGCAAUGACUGCAAUUUAACAUUUCUGAAUCGCAAGGACAAAAAAUUACACGACAUAGACCAUCACAACAUGAGGUUCGAACGGAAACUUAGAUUUCUAUGUCCGUACUGCGACGAGAGGUUCUUCCAAGAAAACCUCAAAAUACAACACCUGGUCGACAAGCACGGCGUCGAAAAACCGCAGCAUAGAUGCAAUUUAUGCGACAAAGUCUUCAUAACCAGAAGUCUCUGUAAUAAUCACAUCAAGAAUGUGCACAAAAAGGAAAAGAAACAUGUGUGCGAUGUAUGCAAUAAACUAUUUUACACAAAAUCCGAUGUACAAAGACAUAGAGUUACCCACACAGGCGAGAAGAAAUUCACUUGCACCCUCUGUAAUAAUUUAUUCGCAACUAAAGAUUCAUUACGACGACACACGAAAAGAACCCAUGUUGAGAAUUAA